AUGUCGCCGUGUGGGCUGCUGCUGCUGCUGCCGCUUCUGGGACGGUCUGUCUUUGCAGCUCCCGACUACAGGUCCAUCCUGAGCAUUAGUGACGAGGCAGCCAGAGUGCAGGCCCUGAACGAGCACCUCAGCACGCGUAGCUAUGUGCAGGGGCACUCGCUGUCCCAGGCAGACGUGGACGUGUUCAGUCAGCUCGCGGCCCCUCCCGCUGAUGCUCGGCUCUUCCAUGUGGCUCGCUGGUUCAGGCACAUAGAAGCGAUCCUGGGCGGCCCCUGCAGCAGAGGCGAGCCCUGUGGGCUCCAAACAAGUAAAGGCCGGCGGGUGCAGCCUCAGUGGUCUCCUCCGGCCGGGUCCGAGCCGUGCAGGCUCCGCCUUUACAACAGCCUCACCCGGAACAAGGACGUGUUUAUACCUCAAAGUGGGAAGAAGGUGACGUGGUACUGCUGUGGGCCGACCGUCUACGACGCCUCUCACAUGGGGCACGCCAGGUCCUAUAUCUCUUUCGACAUCCUGAGACGAGUGCUGAGGGAUUACUUCAAAUUCGACGUCUUCUACUGCAUGAACAUCACAGACAUUGACGAUAAGAUCAUCAAGAGGGCCCGGCAGAACUACUUGUUUGAGCAGUACCGGGAGAAGAGGCCCCGGGCAGCGCAGCUCCUGGAGGAUGUUCACGCCGCCCUGAAGCCGUUUUGUAAACUCAGUGAGACCACGGAUCCCGACAAAAAGCAGAUGCUUGAACGCAUUCAGCACGCGGUGAAGCUAGCCGCAGAACCGCUGGAGGAAGCGGUGCGGCGUGACCUCGCUGGAGAGGAGGAGCUCAGCAGCCACGUGGAGGUCUUGUUGGACGAAGCAAAGGAUUUGCUUUCUGACUGGCUGGAUUCCACACACGGCAGUGAGGUGACUGACAAUUCCAUUUUCUCCAAACUGCCCAAGUUCUGGGAAGAGGAAUUCCACAAAGACAUGGAAGCCCUGAACGUUCUCCCUCCAGACGUCUUAACACGGGUUAGUGAGUACGUGCCAGAGAUCGUGAACUUUGUCCAGAAGAUCGUGGACAACGGUUACGGCUAUGCUUCAAAUGGGUCCGUGUACUUUGACACGGUGAAGUUUGCUUCUAGUGAGAAACACUCCUACGGGAAGCUGGUGCCCGAGGCUGUUGGGGAUCAGAGAGCCCUGCAGGAAGGGGAAGGCGACCUGAGCAUCUCAGCAGACCGCUUGAGUGAGAAGCGGUCCCCCAACGACUUCGCCCUGUGGAAAGCCUCCAAGCCAGGGGAGCCGUCCUGGCCGUGCCCGUGGGGAAAGGGGCGGCCAGGAUGGCACAUCGAAUGCUCCGCCAUGGCAGGCACCCUCCUGGGAGCCUCGAUGGAUAUUCACGGAGGGGGCUUCGACCUCCGGUUCCCCCACCACGACAAUGAGCUGGCGCAGUCGGAGGCCUACUUUGAAAAUGACUGCUGGGUCAGGUACUUCCUUCACACGGGUCACCUGACAAUUGCAGGCUGCAAAAUGUCAAAAUCGCUCAAAAACUUCAUCACCAUUAAAGACGCUCUGAAGAAGCAUUCAGCUCGGCAGCUGCGCCUGGCCUUCCUGAUGCACUCCUGGAAGGACACGCUGGAUUAUUCUAGCAAUACCAUGGAGUCGGCACUUCAGUAUGAGAAGUUCAUGAACGAGUUUUUCUUAAAUGUGAAAGACAUCCUUCGAGCUCCUGUUGAUAUAACUGGUCAGUUUGAGAAGUGGGAAGAUGAGGAAGCAGAACUGAAUAAGAGCUUUUAUGACAGGAAGACGGCGGUUCACGAAGCCCUCUGUGAUAACGUCGACACGCGUACCGUCCUGGAAGAAAUGCGGGCUCUGGUGGGCCAGUGCAACCUCUACAUGGCGUCCCGGAAGGCGGUGAGGAGGAGACCCAACCGAGCUCUGCUGGAGAGCAUCGCUCUGUACCUCACCCACAUGCUGAAGAUCUUUGGGGCCAUAGAAGAGAACAGCAUGCUGGGUUUCCCAGUUGGAGGACCUGGAGGCAGCCUAAACCUCGAGUCCACGGUCAUGCCGUACCUUCAGGUGCUGUCAGAGUUCAGAGAAGGAGUGCGCAAGAUCGCCCGGGAGAGGAAAGUCGCGGAGGUCCUGCAGCUCAGCGACGCCCUGCGGGAUGACAUCCUGCCCGAGCUCGGGGUGCGGUUUGAAGAUCAUGAAGGACUGCCGACGGUGGUCAAGUUGGUGGACAGAGACACCUUAUUGAAAGAGAGAGAAGAAAAGAAAAGGGCUGAAGAAGAGAAGAGGAAGAAGAAAGAGGAGGCAGCCAGGAAGAAACAGGAACAAGAAGCAGCGAAGCUGGCCAAGAUGAAGAUUCCGCCCAGAAAGAUGUUCUUAUCAGAAAGUGACAAAUACUCCAAGUUUGACGAAAACGGUCUGCCCACACACGACACAGAAGGCAAAGAACUGAGCAAAGGGCAAGCCAAGAAGCUGAAGAAGCUCUUCGAAGCUCAGGAGAAGCUCCACAAGGAGUAUCUGCAAAUGGUUCAAAACGGAAGCUUCAAAUGAAAGGGCAGGGGCUGCGUUCCACACUGCGCCAGCGGACUGGCGGCCUCCUCUGCCGCAGCAGUGACGGCGCCCCGGCUCCGGUCAUGUUUACAGUGGCCCUCGGGUCCUAAAUUAAGAAUUCUGUUCCUCGAGGUCCGUGCCGUCCUCUGAGACGUCAGUAAUAAAGUCUUCCCAACAGCGAGGCCAGGCGCUCUCUCUGCCGUCUCCCCGCACAUUCAGCGUUGGCAGGGGCCGCCUGGCGGGCUGCUUGCUCAGCAGUUCACGACUUGGGUACUCGGGUCAGCUGAGCCGCUCCAGCCAGCCGAGAAAUUUCUCCCCCAUGCAGAUCGCUAUCGGCUAAUCUCUGGUGUGUGGGCGCAUUCAGAGGUAUUUGAGUAGGAAAAAGACAGGCUCAACCUGGCAGAACCCACUGGCGCCCCACACAAAGGCUGCUCAGCCGGCCCCUCUGCUUCUGAUGAAUAAACACCCUGCAGAGGCUCCCCAGCAGGUCAGCAGUCGGACACCAGCAAAGGGUCGGCUCCGCCAGGCGGGCUGGGCAGCCGCCCCGCACCACUGCUCAUGCUCACAGCUGUGAGCCCAGGAUCUGCGCGGCGGCCGGUUGAGAUAACAGGGAGGUCUCGGCACAUCAGGGCGGCCAUUUGUCACCGGGUCCCCACGUGGGGAGUGUGUCCUCCCCACUCUGCUCACCCACGUUUACUCACUGGGCUAAGAAUCCCCACCUGACCUCUAACACGCUUGACCAUCCUUGACUGAGGAGAGCGAAAGCAGAGCCAGUCCCCAACGCACACCUGCAAGAGCUUGGCGCCGGGUCUGAUCCAUCAGGACAAGUGACAGUCAUCGGCGCCGGGGCAGUCAGGUUGGUAAACACUGCCCGGUCCUCAUACGUCAGUGAUGGCAGUGCAAAGUGGCACAGCCCCCGUGGGGGGAGUUGGGCAGUGUUCUAUGGUCGUGAUAGACGCACUCAUCCUUGCCCCUGCGGUCCCACUCGUGGGAAACAGGUAUGAAAGGACGUGCCAGUGCUGCCACGGCAGCCCCGUUUCCCGAAGCUGACUGGUGCCACCCGACUGUGUGCCAGCCGGGAACUCGGUGCGACUCAGGAGCACCCCCAGUCACACGUGGAGGACGAUGGCCGUGAGACUAUGAGGACAGGCUCUGGGUACAGGUCUGUCUGACUUGUGAACCUUUAAAUGUUUUGCAUACAAAAAAAUUAAACCAAUAAGGAAAAGCCCCAAAACAAAGUGAAACAAACUUGUUCCAGUCAGCUAUCGCUCCACACAAAUCGCGGCACAACUUAGCGGCCGCGGACGACAACGGGCAUCUUCUUAGUGACUCUGGUGGCUCUGGGGGACUAGGCUCAUGUGGGCGGUGCUCAGUCAGCGUCACAGUCAGACGGGGAAGGUUGGCGCCCGCGCCGGGGCCCAGGCCGGGAGAUUCGCAGCUGAGGCUGCUCGGGUGUGGGCUCUCCAGCUCGGCAGCUUCAGCCUGGCAGCCCGUGGCUCCGAAGGUUUGUGUCCCAGGAGAGACGGAAGCUGUGUGCCCUUCGGCGAUCUCCCCUCAGAAGUCGCAGUGCGAUCCACGGUCCUUGAGUGGAGGCCGUCUCAGAGGCCCACCAACACUCGAGGGGAGGAGGCACAGACACCUCCCUGUGACGGGAGUACCGAGGUUCCGGAAGAGUGUGGCGGACUGGAGAUACCAUUGCACCUGUUUGGGAAGGUACCAUCUGCCACAAAGCUUUGAAUCAGUGAGAAAAGGGCGACUUCAGCUGAGGAGGGGACUCGCCGUCUUGCUAUGCAUCUUUAGUGGGGUGUGUUCAAGGCCAAAAAAGUGCAGCGAAGUCACACUUAAUCUAGGUGUUUUGUCAGUAGUAGUAAUAUUGGCAUCCUCAUCCUUAAAGUCGAUAUUGUGGGACAAAGCAAAUAAGUAUAUCGAUGGCAACAACCCAGAUUUUAACGUAAGGAAAAAUACAUGUAUAAAAUCACGAAGGUAAGGAAAGUCACUAUACUGUUAAAUAUCGAUUGGAAAGAACAAAUUAUGACCAACACUUGAUUUUUGAACAGUAGGUAUUUCCUGGCUUGUAGACUGAGAGGGGACAAGCCUAGUCACAUGAGCACCCCCAGAGCCAGAUUCGAGGCUCUAAAUGCCCUCCCUCUCCAGGGAGAAAUGACCCAUUCUAGGUCUGGACCAGAAGCAUGGGGAGACCCUGGGCCAUCUCGUGCCCAAAGGGAAGCUUUUGAAGACUAGUGGAGUCAUGUCCAAAGGACUCGGGACAAACUAGUGACACACACAGCAACUAGGUGGACCUCAGGAGCACUGGGCAGAGUGGAAAAGCCAACCUCCAAGGGUCCCAUACGAUAUGAUUCCAUUUAGAUGAAUUCUCAAGAUGCCACAAUAUAGGGACGGAGAGCAGAUUCAUGGCUGCCAGGGUUUAGGGCGGGCUUGCAGAGGCAGGGCCCCGGGAGGGGGUCUUGUGGUGGUGUGACAGUUCUGGCCUCGACGCUGUGGUACUGCAGGAAUGUACGCCUGUGAUGACAUGACAGAACUGCACGCACACACACGUGCUGGUCCCUGGGCUGAUCUUGGGCUCUAACCAGGCAAGAGGUGGCCAUCGGGACUGCGUGAGGGGCACAUAGGACCUGUGUCUACCACACCUUGGGAAUUUCUAAUUAUUUCAAAAUAAAAAGCCUCAGGAGCUUCCACUGGCCAAGUCUGGGACAACUUGAGUGUUGGAAAGAAGGAGUAAUUGAAAUGCAGGCAUCAAAGAAAACCCAGAAAUAGUCAUUUGUCACCACCAGAGGGGUCAGCUCUGUACCCUACAAACUUAAUUGUUUAUAAGUGGCACAAUUAAGCAUUUCUCCCCCUUCCAUUGGAACUGCAUUUCAGGGCCACCAAAUGGCCCCAGCCCGAGGGGGAGGGCUGCUCUUCACCUGAAAUGCCAGCCAAUGGAAGUGGACGAAACGGUCGGAUGAGACAGCCUCAUUCUGCAACCACCAAGGAAACACCUGAGUCAGGCCAGGGCUGUCAGUGGCUGCAGAGAGCCCUGGUGAACGUUGGCGGGAGCUGGGUAUUUUCACAGUGCCAAAGUGUCACCUUGCAGGUGGCUUGUAGGUCACGGGGGGCCCGGGGAGGUGUGCAAGUCACCUUACAAUGCCGGGCUCUGCCCGUGACCCCUUCCUUCCCCGUCACUGUCAGUGUGGCCCAGAGAGGGACAAGCAGGCAUAAGGUGUCCCUGCUGGGGAGAGCCAAGCCUCACCUCCAGAGAAGUCUUUCCACUAGAACCUACAGGCAGUAUUGAUGAAGCCACCGCCUGCCCUGGGCCUUGUUGAAACACAAACUCUGGUUCGGAUCUGGGUGGGGCUGGAGACUCUGCAUUUCCUCCCACUCCCGGGUGAGGCGCAUGCGCUGGUCCAGGGGCCCCACGUGGACGGGAGAGGCUACCCAUCUCACUUCCUGUUUACAGAAGUACUGGGGAUGGAGGCACAGGCAGGGGAUCCAGGAAGAAGCAACCAGACCCAUCCAGAAGAUGGGGCACCCGCACAACACCUGAGCUCACGUCUUUGAGGAAUCCCUGUCAAGGGGAGAAGGGUGAGGUAGAGGACACAGACCUGACAGGGAAGAUUCAAGAAACAAAACCACCACAUCUGCUGUAUGAAUCUUGACUGGUUCAAGCAAACCGGCCACAAAGUCGUUUCGGGAAGUUUGCGUAUGGACGGGGUAUGGCAGGAUACUAGGAAUUUUUGUUAAUUAUUGAGUGUGAUCAUGGCAGUUGUGUCCAAAAUGUCCUUAAUUAGGGAUGCAGUUGCCUGAGGCCUGUAAUUCAGUAUCCUCCAGCCAAGAAAACUGAUGAAGCGAAUCAUGCACAAUGUGCCUGGUCACAUCUAAGCCAUGGGCGUCUGUUCCUCGGCUUAUCCUCUCUGCUCUCCUGUGUUUGAAACUUCACGAUCAAAUGUUCUUUCAAACAUGCCGCCAGGAAAUCCUCCUGUCUUUGCUGAAGGACGUGCCUGGUGAGGAGUGUCCUUGCUGUCCUGCCCUGCUCUCCGCCUGUGCACCCUCACAAGCUGCGGCAGAUUCUUCUGGAACAAGAUGGGGCGGAAAAUUUUUGUGACUUGUAUAAUAUUAAUUUGCAUGUGAAAA